GUCACGCGUGUCAUUGCGGAAGUAGCUGUCAUGUGAGCAGGUGAUUUGUUUUGUGUCGGCGCAAUGAGAUAGAAUGAGCAGAAAAGUAAACAGUUGUGUGUUUUUCUUCAUUUCGUUGUGGCUCCUGUUCUGUUCAGCUGAUAAUAACUACUUUAUAGAUGAUAGUGGUGGAUUUGGACGGACAUUUGAUGGCAUCGGGGGUUUGAGUGGCGGUGGGGCAACAUCUCGCCUUCUCGUGAACUAUGCCGAACCAUACAGGAGUCAAAUUCUGGAUUACCUUUUCAAGCCCAAAUUUGGAGCUUCUUUACAGAUCCUAAAAGUUGAAAUUGGAGGUGAUGCUCAGACGACAGAUGGUACAGAGCCAUCCCACAUGCACUAUCCGAAUGAUGAGAAUUAUUUCAGGGGAUAUGAAUGGUGGCUGAUGAGAGAGGCCAAGAAGAGGAAUCCUAACAUCACACUGAUAGGCUUGCCAUGGGCGUUUCCUGGAUGGGUGGGUCACGGGGAAAACUGGCCCUAUCACUACCCUGAUAUCACCGCAUUUUACGUUGUGUCCUGGAUUAUUGGAGCAAAGCAAUAUCAUGAUCUGGACAUUGAUUAUGUUGGGAUAUGGAAUGAAAGAAGUUAUAACAGCAAAUAUAUCAAGAUCCUGCGCUACACUCUGGAUAAGAGCGGUUUGGAGAGGGUCAAAAUCAUCGCCAGUGACAACUUGUGGCAGCCGAUAACACUUUCUGUCCUUCUGGAUCCCGAACUGAGGAGUGCUGUGGAUGUUCUGGGGGCUCACUACCCUGGAACAUUCACCGUCCCUGAAGCCUUGACCCUGAAGAAGCAGCUGUGGUCUUCUGAAGACUACAGUACCUUCAACGAUGAUGUUGGAGGAGGCUGCUGGGCUCGAAUCCUCAACCAGAACUACGUCAACGGCAUGAUGUCUGCCACUAUUUCCUGGAACCUGGUGGCCAGCUACUAUCAGGAUCUUCCGUUUGGGAGAGAUGGGCUGAUGACCGCUCAGGAGCCGUGGAGCGGACAUUACGUUGUGGAAUCCCCCAUUUGGAUCACAGCCCACACCACACAGUUCACUCAGCCUGGGUGGAAAUAUCUGCAGACCGUCGGCCACAUGGCAUACGGCGGGACGUACGUGGCUUUGACGGAUCAGAACGGAAAUCUGACAAUAGUCAUCGAAACCAUGACUCACGAUCACUCUGAGUGCGUCCGACCUCCUCUGCCUCACUACAACGUCACGCAACAGAAAGCCACGUUCUCUUUAAAGGGAUCGUUCGUUUCGGUUAGUGAGCUGCAAGUGUGGCAGUCCAAGUUUGAUUUCAAGACCAAAAAGCCAUUCUUCUUUCAAAAACUCAAGCCUGUAAAGGUAUCUAAUGGGACGUUCAGCUUGGACCUGGACGUCGAUGAAGUUUACACCCUCACCACCAUCACCACAGGAUCUAAAGGGAGUUACCCAGAGCCUCCUGGCUCCGCCCCCUUCCCUAAAAAAUACUCGGAUGACUUCGACGUCAAAAACCCGUACUUCUCAGAAGCUCCCCAUUUUGCCGACCAGACCGGAGUGUUCGAGUACUUCAUGAACCUGACGGACGCCGGCGCUCACGUUUACACGCUGCGUCAGGUGUUGACCCAGACGCCCGUCACGUGGGUAGCGGACGCAGAUCAAACCAUCAGCGUCAUCGGGGAUUAUUCCUGGCAGGAAAUGAGCGUGUCCUGUGACGUCUACAUGGAGAAGGUGGACACCGGGGGCGUGUUUGUGGCGGCGAGAGUGGAUAAAGGGGGAGGAUCCAUCAGGAACGCACGGGGAAUCUUCUUCUGGGUUUUCGCAGACGGAACCUACAGAAUCACCAAUGACCUCAGUGGAGAAAUCAUCCUGGCCGAGGGACCGUCCAGAACCCGAGCUCAUGUUUGGUACACUCUGACUCUGACCGUCCAGGGUUUUUAUGCCUCUGCAGAACUGAAUGGCCGUGUGCUGUGGAAGGACGCGAUCGUUCUGACCCCUAAACACGGCUGGGCGGCUAUCGGCACGAGCGCGUAUGAGCUAGCUCAGUUUGAUAACUUCGCUGUUCAGGCAGAAUAACAGCACAAACCUAGUCUUCACUUCCUGUACGAAGAAAAAACGGAAAUUUCUGGAUCUAAAUACGGAGAGACGCUGACAUUUCUGUUGAGGUUGUGUUUACAAGAGUUCAGUUCGGUGUAGCGCUGAUUGGAUUUAACUCACUGGUGAAAUACUGCGUGUGAGUGUGUGUGUGUGUUAAACCCGCAUCAUCUCCAUUAACCUGUGUGUGUGUGUGUUAAACCCGCAUCAUCUCCAUUAACCUGUGUGUGUGUGUGUUAAACCAGCAUCAUCUCCAUUAACCAGUGUGUGUGUGUGUGUUAAACCAGCAUCAUCUUUUUUUUUUCUAAAAAGUUUCCUUUAUUUAGUUCAUUGACGUGAAAUAUCAUUGAUUGGAGAAAAACAGAAUGGAGAAAAAAAAGAAAUAAUUACCUGAUACUGUAAAAUCACUGUAAUCAAUAAAGUA